AUGGCACUCGGUUGCGUCGCAGAGGGUUCGGAAGCGUCGCGGCCGGGAUCGAGCUCGCGGCUCGCGCUAAUCUUUGGUAGUGCGCUACUGCAGGUGCGCCAGGCGCUUGGGCAGCGCCGCCACCACGCGCACGCGGUCGCUGAACUGCGGCGGCGGCGCCAGCACCGGCGCCGCGUCCCCCGCCGCGCCCCCCUCCUCGGGCGGCGGCGGCAGCUGCGCCAGCAGCCCCGCGCCCAGCCCGCGCCGCCCGGGGCGCGCGCGCCACGUCCCACGCCCAGCCGCUCGGCCGCGCUGCGCCCGCGCACGCCGCCCGCCCCCGCCCCCGCCGCGCCCCGCAGCAGCGCGGCCGUGGCGCGCUUGCGCGUGAGCGAGUUGUGGCGCUGCAUGGGCGGCGGCGGCGGCGCCAGCGACUCGCUGGACGAGUGCACGGGCUCGGUGCUGAUGACGUCGUUGGACGACUUGACGGUGACGGAGCUGCAGAAGGACACCUUGUCGCGGCGCGGCGGCGGGCGCGCCACCUCCUGGUCGCUGGACACGCCGGACGACGAGUUGUCGCCGUCGUCGCGCUCGCCGAGCGAGUCGCCGCACGACUUCGACGACUUGAGUCGCGUGCGAAUCUUCUGUAUCUCGUCCACCGAGAACGAGUGCUGCAUCGAACUCGAACCCGAGCUGCUCCCGCUGGAAACGAGCGAUUGA